GAUUGGGCGCUAAGUGCUCUUUUGUCGGUCCCGCCCGAACUGCACGGUCCGCAAUGUGCAGAAACUUGGUUGUAAACAUUGUUUGCAAGAGAAGCUUCUCAAUCUCAGCUCUUUGCCUCCGGAAAAGGACAUUCAGCAGCAUGCCUCCCGUAACACCGAAGUCUUUCGAUUACCUGGUAAUAGGAGGAGGUUCUGGAGGAAUUGCCAGCGCUAGACGAGCUGCAGAAUUUGGUGUUUCUGUGGGUCUGAUUGAGUCAAGCCGGUUGGGAGGGACGUGUGUAAAUGUAGGAUGUGUUCCAAAGAAGGUGAUGUUUUUGACGGCAAUGCACUCCGAGUACUUGCACGAUCAACCUGACUAUGGCUUUGAUGUAGAGAAAAAGGGAUUCUCUUGGAGCAUGGUCAAGCAGAAGCGGGACGCCUACAUCAAGCGCCUCAACGACAUCUAUUUUGGGAAUCUGGAGAGGUCAAAGGUCGAGUACAUCAAAGGUCGGGCCAAGUUCACCGACAAUCGCUGUCUGGAAGUGGACGGGCAGCUCUACACGGGCAAACACAUCAUGAUCGCCGCUGGAGGACGGCCGAUCAUGCCGGAUAUCCCUGGUUCAGAGCUGGGAAUCACAAGUGACGGUUUCUUUGAGCUUGAGGAGCUGCCAAAGAAAACUGCGGUGGUUGGCGCUGGCUACAUAGCGGUGGAGCUAGCAGGAAUCUUGAAUGAUCUCGGCAGUGAUGUGUCACUUUUCAUCAGGAAACAGCAGGCAUUAAGGAACUUUGAUUGUAUGGUCAGCGAGAAUGUCACAGAGACCAUACAAGCUUCUGGAAUCACCUUGGUGACAGGCAGUGUGUCCAAGUCACUAGUGAAAUCAGGGGAUGGCACUAUGACGUACGAGACCACCGCGGGCGUCUUCUCCGGCUUUGACUGCGUUAUAUGGGCAGUCGGCCGAACUCCAAACUCUGACAUACUGGACCUUGAUAAAGUAGGUGUGAAGACGGACAAGGCCGGCAACAUCCUAGUUGAUGAAUAUCAGAACACAGACGCCCCAGGGAUCUACGCUUUGGGAGAUAUCUGCGGCAGGGCACUGCUUACACCAGUCGCCAUCAGAGCUGGCAGAAUGCUGGCUCAUCGUCUCUUUGACAACAAGCCAGACUUGAAGAUGAACUACAACCUGAUCGCCACCGUGGUCUUCUCUCACCCACCUAUCGGGACAAUUGGUCUCACAGAAGCUGAAGCGGAGGCUAAAUACAAGCGUGAAAAUCUCAAGAUCUACCAGUCGACUUUUAACAACAUGUACUUUGCAUUGACAGAACGCAAAGAGAGGACCAAGAUGAAACUAAUCUGUGCUGGACCGGAAGAAAAGGUGGUUGGUCUUCACAUGCAAGGCAUGGGAGUGGACGAGAUGCUGCAGGGCUUCUCCGUCGCAAUCACCAUGGGAGCGACCAAGAAGGACUUUGACGCGACGGUAGCCAUCCAUCCGACCUCCGGAGAAGAGCUGGUAACCAUGCGAUAGUUUGUAUUGGAGACAUAGCAAUUGGUAGACGGUCACCAGUUAUGGCUUUGCCUGUGGCUGCGGCUUUAAGAUAUUUAGGGCCUCCAGCCCAAAACCAGUCACUUGGACCAACUUUUGAAAACUAGAAAUUUAAGCUCACUAGAAACGACAAUGUAUAUUGAUAAGCUUUCUAAUGAUGCAUAGAAAAUGGGAAUCAGACAAUGAUGUAAAGAAAAUGGGAAUCGUACAAAAUCUGACAGAGUUAUAGGUAUUUCAGUUCCCAACGUUCAGCCAGAAAGUAGAAAAGUGAGAAAUUUGACGUUAAAGUUUCCCAAAUUAACUCCUUAGGAAAUUUACAAAUUGACUCCAUUGAAAGCGAAAUCUUUUCGUUAAUCUGGCUUCUAUCUCAGAGUUUGAAUAACUUUUACCUGUACAGUGUAGAAUGUGUAUAAUAUGCUGUUUCUCAAAAUACUGCCAGGCAAUUUUGAGUUUGCAGAUGAAAGUCUUCUUAAUAAUUCUGCAGCAAGUCAAAAGCCCAUAUGCUUUGGGGAAAUGUUUAUUGGUAACCAUGCGACUGUGGCGUUUAGGCCGCUAUUUCCAUAAAAUUAGUGGUUUCCCUUUGUAGGUAGAGGUGGUUGUUAUUUUUGUUUCCCUCAAAUUUUCGAGACAGAACUUUGAUAUUGUAGAAACACGCUAACUCAAACAGUAUUGAUGUUCUAAGCCCACUAUAAAUAUGGGUACUUAACAGAAAUUAAGACUUUUAUAAAUUUUAAGUAAUUCUAGGAUUUGGCAAUUAGAAGUGUCUCAAGAAAUUAGCAAGAAUAGUGCCUGAUGGAUGCUUGGAAAUUUGGAAUUUCUUGAGUCCAUGUCCGACAGUCCAAAGACAGAAUUUGAUUCAUCUUAUUAACGACCAUUUUGGAAGUUAUUGUCACGCAAUUUGCAAAUUAACUUUCAAGAAGCGUUUCACUUUUGCACUGCAUGUAUGAGUAGGAGUUAUUGACUGUUGAUAUCAACUGUCGAAUGUUGGCAAUUUAACAUGGAAAAGAUGCUAAAAUGUUGGAUUGUUCAAAGUUGCCCGUCAUCGACAUCGAGAGGACCCUGUGGCACUGAGAUGAUGUGCUGGCCAAGGACUCUAUUGCAACAUUACAUUAAGUCAGUCUCAGAUCCAAACUAACUUUGAAUGAGAUCACUAGGUAGACAGGGUCUUUUAGGAAGUAUAUUGUGUACCGGUACUAGUUUUGAUAAUUUUGAAUUAAGUGAUUUGUUAAUAUUAAGUGUGUUUCACUUCUCCAAAUUUUUUCAUUGAUAUAUUUGUAUAAUAAUAUGAUAGAUUAGAUCUUUAUUCAUGUAUUUUCAUAAUUUGAAAUUUACAAUAUAUAAAAUGACGUUUGUGAAAAUUAUUCAUUUGCGCUGCUGCUUAUCAUGCAAUAUCCAUGAGUUUUUGUUUGUAUGUUUUGUUUCCAUGAUAUUUUUUAUAUGUACUUUAAUGUCGUCUUUGAAAUCUUAGUAAACAUACUUCUCACUAUUCGUUCAGUUAUUGAAAAAAAAUUAUAACCAUAACUUUGAAAGGUUUAACCAUUCAAUAAUAUACAACAAUUAGGUGCACGCACUAUUUUUGCAUUUUAAACAAUAGUUCAGGAAGUUUUGGUGGGGGGAAUUUCUAUAUUUUUUUUAAGUUUGUUUGCGACCACCAUUAAAAAAAGAAGCUAGAAUGGAAGAUGAAUAGAAAUAAUAUGAAUAUUUGAUAUUGCUUAUCAAAUUAAAAAUUUAAAUAAAAUCACACCAUUAAUGCAAAGUUGUCUGUUUCUCAUGAUGGUUUAUGUUGGUGCACAUUUCACCCAUUAUGCAUCGACCGUGGGCACGAUCAUGAAGAAGGAAAGGAGUUAGUCCAAAUUAAAUUUCGCCCUAUUAACGUGGCUAUGUGAAACUGUUACGCCCCAACUACAGCCAUUGCCCCAACUACAGCCAUUGCCCCAACUGUAGUUGGCAUGGUUCCAAUUAUACAUUGUAUAGUUGGAACGGCGUAUAAACUAUCGCCCAAACUAUAGUUGGGAUUGUCCCAACUACAGUUGGGACGACGCUACAUUUGGGGCACUAAGUCGGGGGAAUUCCCUCAUGCGUUUUGAUUUUUCAAAACCCCGGUUGCGUCUCCAGGUUCGGCUUCAUAAUUGGUUUAACAUUUUCGUGCCACUCAAACUCUAUAUGAACAUACUCCAAAGUAUGCUCUGAUAUCGUAAAUUAUUUUUAUAAUUUUAUGAAACAUGGUCAUGCAUCAUUGAGUCAGAGUUCCCUGAGACAACCAUUUAAAAAAAUUGUAACGGUAAACCUGUAUACAUGUACAUUCAUUCGUUGUUCAUCCUUUGAUUGUGUUCAUGUCCUGUCCAUCCAAAGCCUCCGUAGAGCUGACAUGUAUGUUGCAUUGUGGGAUCGUUUAUGAUUAUGGCAUAGAAUCAAGAUGGCCGCUAAUCACGUUCAAUCAUCUUUAAUUUAAGUGUCAAUAAACCAAUCAUAGUUCAUCGCUCAAA